AUGGAAUGCUUGCGGGAUAAGUUUGUCGGAGGCGUCCUGCUCGAUGGAGGGCGCUUCCAAACCCUCUCACCUCUCAACCACGGCUCUUUCGGCAUGGUUUUCAUGGCCCAAGAUCUUGCAUCUAACCAGCCGGUUGCGAUCAAGUGCUUGACCAAGAACGCUGGCCAAAUUGACACCUGCCAAGAGUUUGCCGUCGACGAACGCUCGGAGGAGAUGGUCCUCCACAGCGCCAUUAGUCCUCACGACAACAUCGUCAAUCUCAUUCAUUCUUUCGAAACCGAUUCUCAUAUCUAUCUCGUUUUGGAGUUCUGUGGCCAGGGCGAUCUUUAUGAGGCGAUCCGCAACGGCCAUGGACCUCUGCAGACUGAGCACGUUCGUCAUUUCAUGCUAGAGCUUGUGGGUGCCGUCGAAUACAUCCACUCCAAGGGCAUCUAUCACCGAGACAUCAAACCUGAAAACAUCUUCCUCACUCAGGAUGGUGCCAUGAAGCUUGGUGACUUCGGUCUAGCUACGACUGACAAGUGGUCAUACGAGAUGACCGUCGGAAGCGACCGUUACAUGGCUCCUGAGCAAUUCGACUCUGCUGGUGCGGGCUACUCGCCCGCCGAGGCAGAUAUUUGGGCCAUUGGUAUCUGUCUGCUCAACAUUCUCUUCUCUCGCAACCCCUUCACCACCCCGACCGAGGCUGACCCUCUUUUCCUCGACUACUCGCGGGACAAGCAGAGCUUGUUCGAUGUCUUCCCUUCGAUGUCUCAGGACACCUACGAAGUCAUCGUUCAAUGCAUGAACAUGGACCCUCGGAGACGCUCUUUGGUCGGCGCUAAAGAGGCUUUGCUGCGUGUUGUCUCGUUCACUACCGCAGACGAGUCCCUGGACGACUUUUGUGGCGCCGAAAAGGCUACUGUUGCCUCUGCCAACCGGGAGCCCCUUCGCACACCCUCUGUGCAAACCGCUCAGUUCGAGUUUGGUGCUUUCCCCUGGACUCGCGCUCUUCACGCUACUCCACAGCGUGCCGGUCGCCAGUUGAGCGCAAUUCCCGACAAUGAGAGCUACACCGAAGACCUCUUCUCCAAGUCCGAGAAUACUGUCGAUUGGUGUUCGGCCGCCGCCCAGACGCCGUCCAUAUCAUCGACAUUGGAGUCGCAUCUCAUGCCAGCAAUGAAGACACUCACAAUCCACCCGCCCAAACGCCGCAACAUUUCGCCUGCGGCCGGUUCUCUACCCAUUGCCAUGGCCAAGCCGCUCACGCUCUCCAUGUCGUCUGUCUUUGGUCGACGGGACCCUGUUUCUAAGAGCUGGAGCGACAUGUGGGAUGAGGAUGAGGAGGAAGAGGUUGAGCAGCAACGUGGGGCUCUCAAGGCCCUCAACUCUCGUACAUGGAGCCACGAGAGCGUGCAGGACGCUGACAAGGAGAAUUUUGAGCCAGUCCCCGAGACUGCUCAGAUCAACGGUGAUGUUGAUGGUGACUUGGUCGAUGGUUUCUUCUUCCACGAAGCCAUUCUGCCAAAGCCGAUUGAAAGCGUGGCACGCUACUCUCCUCCUCCAAAACGAACCAGUUUCGACAAGUGGGCCGCUCUUGGUGAGCGUCGCCGCGGCGGUUCUACCUCGGAUGAUCAAAAGCCCCCCGUUUUGAAGCACCGCCGUUCUCUUGCUUUUGGGCACAAAUCGAAUGAAGUGGCUGUUUGGGAUCAUUCACCAGUCCGCAGCGGGAUUAAGGAGCGGGCCAAGGACUCGCCCGUGAACAAGGGCAAAGAUCUGAACUGGCGUCGUGACCGACGUGCAGAUCUUGGAGAUAUUGAGUGGGUUGGUGGCUGGUAA